AAAGAGCAGUAGCCACGUAAAGACGGCUAGUGCCCACCCUGUGCGGUCAGUAAUCCUGCACGUAUGUACAGUGCACUUUAAAAAUCGACCAAACACACAACAGACAAGAUGAGCAACUGGUGAUACCCUGCAACCCAACAAGUUUUUUAUUAGAAAAAUACUCACUAUGUUCCUUCUCAAAACAUGGAGAUCAACAGCUUUUGGUGUCUAUGGGUACCUCAAUUUUACCAAAUCUGGUUUCUUGGAACACUCAAAAAAAUUCAAGGCAGAAGACAUGCAAACACAAAUAGAGGGGAAGAACUGCAUUGUUACAGGAGCUAAUUCUGGCAUUGGUUAUGCGGCCGCUGAGGGUCUUGCUUCACGAGGGGCAACUGUCUAUAUGGUAUGCCGUAAUAAGGAGAGGGGAGAAGCUGCUCUUUCUAAAAUUCAGUCGGCGACUGGCAACAAAAAUGUUUACUUGGAGGUGUGUGAUAUUUCUUCAGUCGGUGAGAUAAAGUCAUUUGCUUCCAAUUUUUCGUCAAAGGAUGUUCCUAUUCAUGUGCUGGUUAACAAUGCUGGUUUGCUUGAGCAUAAGCGGAUUAUCACACCAGAAGGAUAUGAGUUGAAUUUUGCUGUGAAUGUACUCGGCACUUACACCAUGACAGAAUUGAUGUUACCUUUGCUGGAGAAAGCUGCACCUGAUGCUCGUGUUAUUACAGUUGCCUCUGGUGGAAUGUAUACGGCUCCCUUGACCAAAGAUCUUCAGUUUAGCGGCAACAAUUUUGAUGGGGUGGAACAGUAUGCUCGGAACAAGCGAGUUCAGGUGGCAUUGACGGAAAAAUGGGCUGAAAUGUACAAGACCAAAGGUAUUGGAUUCUACUCAAUGCACCCAGGUUGGGCUGAGACACUUGGAGUGGCCAAGAGUCUGCCCAGUUUCUCUCAAUCAUUGUCAGGGAAACUUAGAACAAGCGAGGAAGGUGCAGACACGGUUAUCUGGUUGGCUUUACAACCAAAAGAAAAAUUGGUAUCAGGUGCCUUUUAUUUUGACAGAGCUGAAGCACCUAAACAUCUCAAGUUUGCAGCUACUAGUGCCUCACAUGCUGCUAUAGACUCCAUCGUCGACAGUCUCCGUUCCUUCUCCUCUCUUUCUUCAUGAAGUGGAAGUGCUGUACUUAAUAUCAAGGUCACCUUUUAGAUUUGUAAUCCCAGAAAGAGUGAAGAUAACUUCAUUUAGAACUUCUUUCAGUUCCAGGGCAUUUGUUUUCUCAUUUUUAGCUCAGGACAAAACCAACAUUCAGAUUUUCUUUUUUGUUAGGUUGUGUUGGUUUGGGUUGUGGGAUGUUUGUGAGGUUGUUUAGCUUAUUCAAAUCAAUGAUGUGCUAAUGUUGACUUGGGGUGUUAAUCGAGCCGAGUUUGAGCUUAAGUCUGUUGAGCUCGUUUUUCUAAACGAGAGCCUAAAAAUUUGUUCAAGCUCAAUUUGUUUAGAACUCGAGCCAAGUCCAAGUUGCUCAACUAUUUUAUUAUAAACGAAUCAAGUUUUAU